UGAGUGGCAGCGCAGUAGCCGAUGAACGUUCCGAGUGGGCGGGAGCAGCUCCGGCUGGUAGCGAAUCGGUCGGUGCGAUGCGGCGAGGAGGGCGCGGGUUGGCGUUUCCACGGGGAAGGCAGCGCGGCGCGGUCCGGCCUUGGCGGUAGUAUGAGCCUGUCCGUGAGGAGUGAGCUUUCAGUAGACAAAACUAAAAAGAAGAAGAGAAGAGAACUGACUGAGGAACAGAAACAAGAAAUUAAAGAUGCCUUUGAGUUGUUUGAUACAGACAAAGAUAGAGCAAUAAAUUACCAUGAGUUGAAGGUGGCAAUGAGAGCCUUGGGUUUUGAUGUGAAAAAAGCUGAUGUACUGAAAAUACUUAAAGAUUAUGAUCGAGAAGCAACAGGCAAGAUCACCUUUGAAGAUUUUAAUGAAGUUGUGACAGACUGGAUAUUAGACAGAGACCCACAAGAAGAAAUACUCAAGGCAUUCAAAUUGUUUGAUGAUGACGACUCUGGUAAAAUAAGCCUGAGAAACCUGCGUCGGGUUGCUAGAGAACUGGGUGAAAAUAUGUCUGAUGAAGAACUGAGGGCUAUGAUUGAAGAAUUUGAUAAGGAUGGAGAUGGAGAAAGUAAGUCUUAAGAGUCAAUCAAGAGGAGUUCAUUGCUAUUAUGACUGGAGAUAUUUAACAUUAGAAGAGAAGAAAUGAAUUUAUCACAAAAGGGAAACAUCAUUGGCAUCUACCAUUAGAGUAUUUUGUAGUUCAUUUUUGAUGGAGUCAAGUAGAAAAUUAUUUUCCUCAGAGGGCCAAAAUAAACACAAGUCUUAUGUACUACUGCUUCAGAACUUUAUGUCAUUAAAUCUUAUCACUAGAAUAAGUGAUCAUGUUUUUACAAGUAAUGCUAGUUUUCAGAGUGUUUUAGUGCUCAUUUGUAAAAUAGCUUUGUAUAAUAUUUCUGAAUUAAAUGGUAUUAUAAGAACCUUUUGAAGUUGGCUUUAAGUUAGCACUAACUGCAGCCUUAGUUUUGAUACAUAAAGUUUGACAACCUUCCAUUUUAAUAAAAUGUUCUUUACUAUUGCUACUGAAAA